GGGGGGUGGGCCAAGGGAGGGUGCAGAGCCAGGCCGCUGGAGGGCCAGCGCUCUGCCAGAGAGCCAGCGUCUGCACGGAACGGUCUCCACAGGCGAUUUCCAAGACCAAGGUGUGUAUCCUGUCUUUAUUAAAAUGCAUCGAAUAACUGUAGCUAACAAAAAAUGGUUUUGCUGGUAAGAAGCGAAAAAGAGAAACAAUUCUCCCUCGGGCGGGAGCACGGCCAGACUGAGCUGGGGUCGGGUCAUGGAGCUCCUCACCGAGCUCUGUCUGCUCUGCUCCUGCGAGGAGGGUCGAGGGUCGAGGGUCGAGGGUCGGAGGUGGCACUGCUCACACCCCAGCGCCCAGAGGAGUCUGCUCAGAGCUUUACAAUCAGGCAGGGCAGAAGCGGGUGGAGCCGGAGACCAGGAAGGGUCCCCUCCCCAAACAAACACGACGAGACACGAGAGGCCGGGCGGAUGCGGGUAUAAACGGACCUCCCUGGCGAGAGGCACAUCGGCGACAGAUGUCUCAGAGCGCACACGUCGUCAUGGAGACCAGAGCGUUCUGGCUGCUGCUGCUGGUCAUGGCCCUGGGGUCCUCGGGCUGGGCUGAUGAGUACGUGGGCCUGUCGCCCAACCAGUGCGUGGUUCCACCCAAGGACAGGGUGGACUGUGGCUACCCUGGAGUCACCCAGAAGCAGUGCAACAACCGAGGCUGCUGCUUUGACUCCAGCAUCAGAAACGUGCCCUGGUGCUUUAAGCCUCUGCAGGAGACAGAAUGCACAUUUUGAAGUCCACCUGUGACCACCCUGGAUGGACACCCCAGCUCCAGGCGGCUGAGAGCGCCCAUCUCUGCUCCUGGCAGGUGUGCUCCUGAGUGGGGUUAGAGUCAAGGCCUCGUGUCCUAAAGAAUAAAGACCCCAUGUCAGCAUGGGACGCGUCUUCAUGCCCAGACCCUCUGCCAUGACGUUUAUUCUCCUGUGUGUGUGUGGGGGGGUGUCAAAUGACCCCAGGGAGCCCCAACAGGUGCAAGACCCAGCGGCCCACAUGACAGGCAAGGACUGGCACCUUCCAUGUGACCCCUCCUCUGUAAGCUGAGAAGAAACAUCUCACAUCUAAGUUUUAAAAAUCACUACUAGCUAGGCGUGGCAGUGCACACCUGUGGUCCAGCACUCUGGGAGGCUGAGACAGAAGGAUCAAAAGUCUGAGUCCACCCUGAGCAAUUAAGCCAGACCCUAACUCAAAAUAAAAAAAGGGCUGGGGACAUAGCCCAGUGUGAAGGCCCCGGGUUCAAUCCCAGUACCACGAAAACAGCAAUGACAACAACAACAAAGCCAUUGGUGUGUUUCUUGGUGAAGAUAUCAAACCAAGAACCCCCCUCAUAGGCUGGCACUGUAUUUAUUUGCUCCUUAAAUUGAACACUCUUGACACUUUGAGGGGCUUUUAUUGUGUCUGCAACGAGUGUCCCCAGAACAGGUGA